UCUCUUUCUCCUUUGAGCCUUUUCCACCAAUUUUCCACCAAUUUCGGUAUCUACACCAAUUUUCCACCAAUACGGAGUAAAAAAAAGUGUUAACCACUUUCCGUAACAUUAAUUUUCCACCAAUUUCUCUUUCUCCUUUGAGCCUUUUCACUUCUACGCUGCACUCCUUUCUCUCUCCUUCAUUGUAGUGCAGCGUACUCUGAAUUCUCCAUUGAAGCGCCUUCUGAGCUUUCUCUCCUCCAUUAAACCACCUUCUCAGGUGUAAAUUUAGUAUAAAUUCAUAGCUACCAAAGUUGGCGGAGUUGAUAUGGGAGAGAAUCCUACACUUCAAUCCAAGACAGACACAACCCAAGUUGUUCUAACUGGAACAGCUCGAGAUGGAACAGCUGGACCUCCUAUUGGUCAUGUUGACAUUGGAAUAAGUGAAUCAGCUUACUUGUUUCGAGUUGCACUUCCUGGUGUUAGAAAGGACAAUUGUGACUUGAGCUGUGAGAUUGAACGUGAUGGGAAGGUUCAUCUUCAAGGAAACAUAACAGGGGGAGAACUAGCUAAAAAGAAUCCUAAAACUGUGUACCACCUGAGCUUGUCACAGUUGAGCCCACCUGGACCAUUCUCCAUCUCUUUCAAGUUGCCUGGUCCUGUUGACCCAAGGUUAUUCUCACCCACUUUUAGGUCAGAUGGUAUCCUGGAGGGAGUUGUGAUGAAAUACAAGGCACCUGGUGUACCCCCAUGUGGUAAUCAGUUUGAUCCUGCAAUUCCUGCGUGAGCUGAACCGCUUCUCAAUUCUGUGUAGUAGCUGCUGAAUGUGCAUGUAAAGGUAUGUAUUCUGUUAGUUUAACGGAUUAGCACAGUCCAACUAGUCAAUGGAUUAGCUGGAUACUAGUUGAUAGUGUUGCUAAAUGAUGUGACAAACUUGCGCUGGUCUUGGCUAUUUGACUCUUAAUUGUAUUGGACACCACUCAUGACCUGGUGGGCCUUGGCUAAACUAUUGCAGUUGAUUUUCUGCUUGGAGCUAAUUAUAGAUGUUUGGCUAUGGUUUAUGGAUUGGUAUUA